CACUCGCAAAAAACUUUGCUAAACACCACCGUUCAUGAUCUCAGCCGUUCAAUCGGCCAUUUCGCAAAGCCCACCAUUUCUCCCCUAUUUUUCUAUUUCUCUGUCUCUUCUUCAAAAUUAAUUCAUAAAUCAUAAUCACGUCGGGAGGGGACAUUUCCCGGCGAAUGUACUGAUCAAAUCUGGGUGUGUAGAGAUGAAUAUAGUUUUGGAAACGAUGAUUUGCUGUUGAAGAAGCGUGGUGUGUUUGGCUUCUUUCUUGUUCUAUUGGUUAUCGCUUGCUGGAAAAAUGGGCUGUUUUCAAUCUAUUGUUAGACAGCCCCCUGGACAUGAAGACCCUGUAGUUCUCGCCUCACAAACUGCUUUUACUGUCAGUGAAGUUGAAGCACUUUUCGAACUAUUCAAGACGAUAAGCAGUUCGGUAGUUGAUGAUGGGUUGAUAAGCAAGGAAGAAUUUCAAUUGGCUCUCUUCAAGAACCAAAAGAAAGAGAAUCUCUUCGCCAACAGGAUCUUUGAUUUGUUUGAUGUCAAGGGGAAGGGAGUCAUUGAUUUUGGUGACUUUGUUAGAUCCCUCAAUGUUUUUCAUCCAAAUGCUUCUCAAGAAGACAAGAUCAAUUUUGCAUUCAAGCUUUAUGAUCUUGAUAAUACUGGAUUUAUUGAGCGCCAAGAGGUCAAGCAAAUGUUGAUUGCCCUUCUGAGUGAAUCUGAAAUGAAAUUGGCUGAUGAAACCAUUGAGCUCAUACUUGAUAAGACAUUUAUGGAAGCUGAUGUGGACCAAGAUGGCAGGAUAGAUAAAUCUGAAUGGCAAAAUUUCGUUUCUAAAAACCCGUCAUUGUUAAAGAUCAUGACCCUCCCGUAUUUAAGGGAUAUUACAACUACUUUUCCAAGUUUUGUUUUUAAUUCAGAAGUUGACGACAUUGCUACAUAACUGAAACAGGAUCAGCUUAGAAAUUUAGUGUGUUAUCUUCCCCUUUUUGAUUUUUGAAAAUUAACUGCAGCAGAAGGGAACUGUGGUUUGAUGUAUGACUGAGUACAAGCUUUAUUGAAAUACUCAGCUGAAUGUUAAGCUUUCUGAUGGAAGCAAUAUAUAAUUUGUGUAGUUAAUUCCCAAA